CGGCUAGCUAACUCCCACACACCCCCUAUAAAUAAUACAUGUGUUAUAGUGCAAUAAUCAAACACUCUCAACAAACAAAGUAACAAACACUUGCACUUACUCUUUGUUCUCAUAUAGCCUUUUGGGUAUAAACUAUGGAACCAAAUUGUGUUCAGUUUCUUGAGAACAGGACAAUUCUCGUCACUGGCGCUUCCGGUUUCCUUGCUAAAGUUCUCGUGGAGCGGAUUCUGAGAUUGCAACCAAAUGUGAAGAGGCUCUACCUCCUCGUAAGAGCAUCCGACAAGAAGUCUGCGGAACAACGGUUACACCGUGAGGUUUUCGAGAAAGAAUUGUUUAGGGUGUUAAGAAGGAAUGUUGGUGAUGAGAGUCUAAACGCCUUAAUCUCGGAAAAAGUCGUCCUGUUCCGGGCGACAUAUCACUGACUGAUAUUGGAGUGCAUGACUCUAAUCUCUUACAAGAUAUGAUGCAAGAUAUCGACAUUAUUAUAAGUUCUGCUGCCACCACGAGAUUCGAUGAGAGGUAGUACUACUAUUGAACAUCCGCUUAUUUUAUAGAACAAAUAAUAUAUGUUAUUCGGGACAAUAUUAACUUGUUUCAUGUUUGCUUACACCUUGUAUGUGUAAAAGAUACGAUGUUGCACUUGGAAUCAACACAUUUGGAGCAAUCAAUGUCCUUAACUUUGCUAAGAAAUGUGUGAAACCAAAAUUGCUUCUCCAUGUGUCAACUGGUGAAUCAUCAUUUUAACUUUUAACAACAAAAUAGAUUGAUAAUCAUAUAUUCCUUCCGUUUCACAAUAUAAGUUGUUUUAGAUAAAAGCACGUAGAUUAAGAACAUUUACUUUUAAAAAGUUCAACCAAUAAAAAAAAAGACUGCAUAAUAUAAUUAAUCAUAAAAUAUUAAAAUAUUAUAUAAUUUGCAUAGAAACUUGAAAACAACUUAUAUUGUGAAACAAAAAAUUUUAUCUAAAACAACUUAUAUUAUGAAACGGAGGGAGUAUUUAUCUACAUUCGUUAUAAUUAUUUUUUACUUUAUAAAUAUACUUGUUUUCUGUUCUAGUUUAUGUUUGUGGGGAAAGACCGGGACACAUAGUAGAGAAACAUUUUGCAAUGGGAGAGAGCCUUAACGGUAAAAACAAAGUAGACAUUAAUACCGAAAGGCGAUUGGCAGAUCAGAAAUCAAAACAAUUCAAAGAACAAGGUUGUUCCGAGGAAGAAACUGAACAAGCCAUGAAAGAUUUCGGAUUAAAAAGGGCAAGACUUUAUGGGUGGCCAAACACAUAUGUCUUCACCAAAGCAAUGGGAGAAAUGCUUCUUGGACACUAUAGAGAAACUAUGCCAAUUGUAAUCAUACGUCCCACAAUAAUCACAAGCACUUUCUCGGACCCAUUUCCUGGUUGGAUUGAAGGUUUAAAAACUGUAGACAGUGUGAUUAUAUUCUACGGGAAGGGAAUUCUUAAGUGUUUUCUCGUCGAUCAAAAGACAGUAUGUGAUAUUAUACCGGUUGAUAUGGUCGUAAACGCAAUGAUUGCAAUCGCAGCUGACCAUUGCCAUGAUUCUGGAAGUCAUACAGUUUACCAUGUCGGCUCAUCUAACCAAAAUCCGGUGAUAUAUAAACAAAUUUAUGAGAUGAUGAGUCGUUAUUUCAUGAAAAGCCCUCUUGUCGGACGUAAUGGUAUGCUUAUAGUUCCAAAAGUUACAAGAAUAUCCACACUGGCUAGGUUCCGUGUAUACACAAAUCUUCGCUAUAAAUUACCUAUACAGAUAUUGGGAUUACUUAGUGUUAUUUCCCUAUCCCAAAGAGAUAAAUUUGCACUUCACAACCGUAAAUUCAAGAUGGCCAUGAGAUUGGUGAAACUUUACAAGCCUUAUGUACUCUUCAAGGGCAUAUUUGAUGAUAAAAACAUGGAAACUUUACGUAUCAAGAAUGAAGCCAAAGAUAUGGAGAAAUUGUUUGGCACCAACCCCAAAUGCAUUGAUUGGGAAGACUAUUUUAUGAUACGCAUAUCCCUGGCCUCAUGACACACGUAUUCAAGAAAUGAACUUCAAAUACAAGUUAAUAUACGAAGUCAAGUCCAAAGAUAUUGUUUUGCAUGGGAUGAAGCCUACUAUAUAUAAUUACUAAGUAUAUAAAUAAUAAAUCGAUGGAAAAUCGACGACAAGUAAUGUUGUCUUUGUUUGCUUCUUAAUGUAUAAUCCAUAUUUGGAAUUUGCCUAUCUAAAAUCCCUCGGCUUGUCUUUGGUUAUAUAUAAAAUUGGAC